CUCUUAUUUAUGAGCACCCAAGAACAGAGUUAACUGAGCUCUACAAAGACAGGGUUCGAAAUGGCAGGUGGUGGAUUCGCUGUGGAUGCACCAACCACUAGCUUCGAUAGCAAGAUAACACUCGCAAUUUUGAUCACUUGCAUCGUUGCUGCAUCUGGUGGACUUAUUUUUGGCUAUGACAUUGGAAUUUCAGGUAUUGUCAACAAUUGCUAUAAAUUGGGCUCUUCAACUAAGUUCUUAGCAUCCAACUUCCUUAUCAAAAACCAGAAGCUUACUUGUUUAGGAAGAAACCCUCCCCAGAAAAUGGUUCAUAAUGUUCCUGUGGAUGGAUAUCUUCACACUGUCGGUUUGUUCAUUUACCCAACCGAAGAUGAGGCUCGGAAUGACAAGUUGUUUGCUGUUGUUUGGGAUAACUUCCUGGCUGAUAAGUGGUCUAUUGAAGACCCUCAGCACAAAUGCCAUGAGGUCUCCUACAACCAAAAUGUUGAUCUACCCACUCUAACAGAAGGUUGGAAAGAUUUCAUGGAGUUUUAUGGUUUGGAGGGAACUCAUUGGGGUCUGCUGCAAAUGGUUGCCCCCUCUCACUUCCAUAUCAGUAUUUUUGAUGAGGAUAAGAGAGAGAUUUCAUAUUAUCCCAAACUCCAAGCUAAUCCACAACCUGAGUCAGAUUCUCCAGUAGAGGAGUUCUUCACAUUGGCACUCGAAGGAACUACUUCCACACCUUUGGCUGAGACUGAUGUGGAUACGGAAAAUGAAGAACUGAUUCUAGCAACCACUGAUGUUGCCCAAGUUGUUCCGCCUGAAUAUGACAUUACCUUCAGUACUAUUCUAACUCCAUACCGUGCGUAUGGGAGUCAAUAUACACUCCCCCGGAGGGUUGCAUUGUACCUUGGAGAGCGUGGUACUGAGCCCUGGAUCUUGAGAGGACCCUCAGGGGUAUGUAUCACGACCACUAUACUGUUUCCCUCCUUGCGCACUGCUGGGAAAUACACCAAGAUAGGGAGAGGAUGGUGUCAGUUCUGUGUCUUGCAUGACAUCCACCAUGGACAUAGAAUAACAUUCAACUUCACCAAUGCUGAGAAGAGGUUCAUUGACGUGGUGAUUGAAAACUAAUAGCCGCAUCAGUCAUGUGGAGAUGGUGGGAAAGUUGUUUUGGGUUGUCUGGAAUGUGAAGGCUGCAAGUUGUGUUAGUGAAGAAUUAGGAACUUAUAAGUUCUUUAAUAUUAUGUGUGUCAUUACUGUUAUUCCAAAUGUUAUGGCUGGAAGAAUGUCGUUGAAUGUGUGUUUUGAAGCAUGAAUCCAUGUAUAAGGAUUCCUAUUAUGUGUUUUUCGUUUUCAUGUUAGUGUAUGUUGAACAAUUGAAGUGCCUCAUGGUUAUAUACUUAUUGUACUUGAUCUUUUUAUGAUAA